GGCCACAAAGAGAUCCCUUUGUCCACCACUUUUGAUCUUGGCCUUGGCUUUUGCACCUUUUCCACCAACCUUCCUCUUUCUAGGGACUCUCCCUCCUAUAUCAUUCCAUAACCCCACUCCAAAUUGGCAAUUCCAACCCUCUGCUUGAACGCAUCAGGAAAGGAGGCGGCUAGCUAGACACGCGGACGUGAAUCAACGAGAAAAAGAGGAGAGGCGGCGGCGGCGGCAGCAACAGGGAGCAAAAUAAGAGGGAAUCUAAGACAGAGAUCAGAGGGGGCGAAGCAUGGAUAGCUCGACCUCGAGGACGAGUCUGAAUUGCAUCAGCCUGGCUGACCCGGACAUCCAGAAAUCUGUCGCGCUCCUCAAGCAGGCAUGCCUGGAUUCAGGCUUCUUCUAUGUGGUGGAUCAUGGGAUAAGCCAGGAGUUCAUGGAUGAGGUUUUUGACCAGAGCAAGAAGUUCUUUGACCUGCCCCACAGUGACAAAAUGACGCUUCUCCGGGACGAGAAGAAUAGAGGUUAUAGGCUGGUUGCACUGCAAGUGUUGAGUAGCUCUGCAGUUUUGGAACCAUGCUCUUGGGAUGAAAAUCUGGACAGGUUAUCAUGCUGUUGUGGCUGGAGUAAUUUCAAAAGAGCAGGUGACUACAAGGAAGGUUAUUAUAUAGGAGUUGAGGUUCCUGUAGAUGAUCCACAAGCAAACAGACCAUUUUAUGGUCCAAAUCAGUGGCCUUCAGAAGAAGUAUUGCCCAAAUGGAGAGAGGUGAUGGAGCAAUAUCACUCGGAGGCAUUGAGAGUGGCAAAAUCAGUUUCAAGAAUCAUUGCUCUUGCUUUGAACCUAGAUGUGGACUUCUUUGAUAGACCUGAAAUGCUUGGCGAGCCUAUAGCCACACUAAGGCUUUUGCACUAUGAAGGUGGACAAAAGACAGGUCAAGUGUCAAAUCCUGCAAAGGGUGUUUAUGGAGCGGGUGCCCAUUCAGACUAUGGACUGAUAACUCUCCUAGCAACCGAUGAUGUAGUUGGGCUCCAAAUAUGUAAGGAUAGGAAUGCUCAGCCUCAAGUAUGGGAAUAUGUGGCUCCUGUGAAAGGAGGCUUUAUCGUCAAUCUUGGUGAUAUGCUCGAAAGGUGGAGUAACUGCAUUUUCAGGUCGACCUUACAUCGAGUGGUCCUAGAUGGACGAGAACGCUACUCGAUAGCCUACUUCGUGGAGCCAAGCCACGACUGUGUAGUCGAGUGCCUGCCGACCUGCAAAUCCGAAACAAAUCCUCCAAAGUUCCCUCCAAUCACAUGCUCUGCGUACCUGUCCCAGCGCUACAAGGACACACAUGCAGAUCUGAGCUCCUACAGCAACAACAAGGCCUGAAAGAUGCCCUACGUUAUUGUCACCUCUUCUGUUUUGCCCUUUCAGCCAUCAAGUAUGGUAAUGUACCAGUAUCACUGUAUCAGUAUAAGCAUAGUAGUUCUAUAGAUGCCAUUCUUCAUGAAUCAUGAAGAGAGGAAUUGUCUUCUUUGUGCAUGUGUAGAGAAUUUCGAGC